AUGAGUGGAUCAAGUGGUGGCAAUUAUGACCACAUUCCGGGCCAUUUCCCAAUUGAAACCAAUGUCAACCCAAUUUCUGCUUCCCCGGAGGAAACAGUGGAGGACUCACAGGCUUCUAGGUAUAUCAAACGAAUUUUGGCUUAUAUAUUCCAAUUUCCUUUGAUGAUUUUAUUUUAUAGUUUGACGGUUUUACUCCAGGCAUUGAAGGUUAUAAAACCUCUUAAGAAUCUUCUUCGAUUUUAUGAUAAAAAACAUAUUAACCAAAUGAAUCACAGGGACGUUCUAGCAAGACUGAUAGAAUACUUAGAAAAGGAAACAGAAAAGAUAGAACUGAAUAGAGAUCAUGAUUCUUCCAAUUACAGUUUUGGGUCACUAUAUGGGACAGAUUCGGGGUCGUUAAGCAAGGAAAUAAUGCAAGGCAGCUAUACACAGUUACUGGACACAUGCACAGAUCAACUAAAAUUUGGCAUGAUUUAUUUACAUGAUCCUCUGCUCGAUGACAGUCUCAACUAUUUAGACAAAAUUCUGUGCUCGGAAGAUUUCGUUAAACUGCUAAAGAGAUAUCAAAUACUCCUAUGGUUCGGAGAUGUGACGAAUUCAGAAGGUAUGCAAGUCAGUAAUGCGCUGAAGGUAAGAUCAUUUCCCUUUCUAGGUGUCCUCACUGUAAAAAAUAACAAAAAGAUAGAACUCUUUGGUAAAUUUGAAGGACCUGUCCACAAUUUCACAGCAGCAAGUCUAGAAAAUAUUUUAUCAAAGGAAUACCCGUCUUUACUACAACUAAGACAACAGAAACAACAUAUCGAAGUGGAACGGUUUAUACGAGAACAACAAGACGCUAGAUUUAACGAUUCAUUGAGAAGAGAUCAGGAAAGGGAACGCGCAAGAUUGGAAGAACAAAAUAGGGCAGCGUAUGAGGCAGAACAAACUGUAUUACGAAAGCAAUGGUUGUUAUGGAGAAAAAAAUCAUUGAAGAGUGAGCCCAAUUCCAGUCAGGAUAGCAGUAGAAUAGCAAUCAGGAUGGAAGAUGGCUCUCGAAUAGUACGCAAAUUUGAUGCAGGAUUGCCAAUAGAGGAGAUAUAUGCUUUUGUUGAGCUAUAUUCCACUAAUCUGCUGCAAUCAGAAGAGCAGUAUGAUGCUGAAGAUCCCCCCUCUAAUUAUCACCACUCAUAUAACUUUACACUAAUAGUACCUGUUCCAAGAAAGGAACUAAACCCAGCAAUUACUAUUAGUGAUGAAAGCUCAAUUUAUCCAUCUGGUACCAUUAUAAUCGAAAUAGAUAAUAAUUAA